AUGGACCCACUGUCCAACCGCAACCGAAAGAACAUACUAUCCCUGAGCGCACAACGGCCAAUUCCUACGUCGGCCACAGCACCGAUGUCAGCAACCGGUAUGGCGACGCAUCUGCACAAUCAUCGUCAGCAUCAACAGCAGCAGCAGCAACAACAGUAUCAUCGACAACAGUCAUCCACCGGACAGCCUCUUGCUCCAGUGCUUCCAACGGCAAGUUCCAGUCCACUGGUGCACCCUUCUUCAGCCGGUCAGGAUAAUCGUCCAUAUCUUCAACAUCAUCAUCAUCAUCACCACCAACUGCAUCAUCAACAGCAGCAGCAACCGAAUGGCGACGGAUUGCCGAAAGCGUUCGUAGCCGCCAUGCGCACACUGUUCGACAUCAUGGACGAUAGCAAAACAGGUUUCGUCCGCUUGGCCGACAUCGAGGAACGCUGGCAGGACGACGGUUCCAAGGGAUUGCCGCGCGGAGUCAUCGACAGUCUGCGCAAGGUAACACCCCCCAACGGGCUUCUCUCAUUCGAGCGCUUCUGCAGCGGUCUCAAGAUCUGUUUGUUGCGCAACCAGUCGAAUCCACUGUCUGCGUCACCCGUCGCACACGGUAUCUCACAUUCGACAUCCUCCUCCCCUUUGGCACGCGAUGAUCCGGGUCUGAAAGUGUCGAUGUCAAAACUAUCCCUCUCGCGACCUCCAUCAGCUCCACUGCUCGAUCUCGACACGGGUGUUUCUGGAACGAAUAAAUUGCCUGCCUUAGCACCAGCUUGGAGCACCGCUGGACCAACCAAUACGGCCACCGUACGACCAAACAAUGCGAUGCCAGCACAAAAAACGCUCAGCAUGCCACAGCUCCUAAGCCCUGACGGUGAUCUUGAUCUUGAGCCACCACCGAUCAUACUACCCGGUGCGUUUGGUCCUCCGAAACCGCCCCGUGUAUCUUUAAACCUGGACCGAAACUCCCAACACCAUCAGCACCAUUCCCAGCCGCAGCAGCAGCAUCAACAUCAUCACCCGAUUGGAAUUAGUUCCAGCAUCGAUAAGGCAGAAAUUCGGAACGCGCUCCAAAACUGGCAAAUGUCUCUGCUAAUGGGAGAAGCGGGCGGCGAUAAAGGAGACCCAACCAAAGGCACACUACGGUCACUAGCGCGUGGCUCCGCCGAUGGACAAACGGAUCUCUCCACUUCCUCCCCUUCCCUACAAUCCAUCAAUCAGCUGGACGGAGCCCGGUUAAGCUCCGGUGGACUGUACCAGAAAAAAUCUCCCGGUGCAGCCGGGCGACGCCGUGAGCCUAGGCGGCAUACGCUUCAAAACGGCGUUGACUACAACAUGCUCAAACGCUUGAAACAGAUCGAACAGGAAAAGGACAUCCUACUGCAGGGAUUGACAGCGGUCGAACGGGCUCGCGAAUGGUACCACAAGCAGCUGGCCACCGUGCAGGAAAAGAUGCGAUACCUUGGCCGUCCCGGAUCACACAUGGAAACGUGGACCGAAACACAACAGGAACGCUUAGACCUCCAGCGUGCGCGUGUUCUCGAGGUGAACCGUCAUCUUAUGAUGCUGGCCGAAAGCUGGGAACGGGGCGGUUUCCCAAUGCACAUGAACCUUGCCCUACGUCCUCUUCCCCCAGGCACUUUCUUGGGUGCUCCAUCUCACUAUCAGCAGCGUGCUCUUCAUCAGCAACGUCCAUCGCAACCACAACCGACAGCCUCCAUCCCUCCGGCUGUCCCUCCACCACCAGCCGCGUCCUCUGCGGGCAGUUACCAGUCGGUACCUUCGCAAGCUCAUCAUCUGCAGCAGCAGCAUCAGCAACAGCCACCGGAAAUGGUUAAUCAUCUGAAGCAACAAAAUCAUCAGCUUUGCGAAGAGAUAAAUCAGAAGAACGAAAAGCUGUCACUACUCGAGAGGGAAAAGGCCGCACUGAUACGGGAACUGUUGCAGCUACAGCGUACGAACCGUGCCAGCAGUAUGAUAUCAAAUACAGAAGAGAUGGUAUUCUAA